UUUCUGAGUUAAUAAAAGGAGGGUUCAGUUUACAUGCUCAUAGUAAAUACACCUGCAGAAGCAGGAAAUGGUCUGGUGCAGGCCGUACCUUCAGACGCAGACGGGAAGAGAGGAGACCUCCAAGGCUGCAGGGAUGAAGUACUCCCUGCCUUUCCUAGUCACCUGGCCUUUGAACCAUAGGGGUGACUUCUCUAACGUUCGAGGCAGAAUCCUAGAGAAAACCAGACUCUACAGUCUGCCGUGAGUUCAUUUGGAAAUCUGGAUCUUUCAUCUGAGUCAAGUUUGGGUUGAACUUCUGAAGUCCAGGGGGUGGCAGAAUUACUGAGGAAACAUACAGGUUUUUAAAUGAUUACUUUUGAGUUGUUGACAUAGAAAAGAAUCUCCUUUGUAUGAAGUCUUUUCCUUAACUCUGGGUUGACCUUGGCGUUGGAUUAGUUUCUGGUCCUGACUCCUAACCGUGGAGCAGGGAGAAAUUCAAGUUGACUUUCUUUGAGGCAGGUUCCGGUAAAUCUUGAAAAUUAACGUGAGAAGGAAUAAAGGGGGAAAAUGGAUUAUGAGUUUCAGAGGAAAAAUUGACUCCUCUACCCGGAUCUACAGACACUGAUUGUUGAGAAACUUUCUCUGGUGUACCCUGUCAGAUGAGGUGGACAAGAGAGGACUUGGUUCAUUUCCGAGGGAGUCUCCCUGUUCUGUAGUCUUGUUCAGGAUGACCAGCAUUCCAGUAAAGGACCGAGUAAAGGUGUCUCAGAACUGGAGACUGGGGCGCUGCCGAGAGGGGAUUCUGCUGAAGUGGAGAUGUAGUCAGAUGCCUUGGAUGCAGCUGGAGGAUGCUUCUCUGUACAUAUCUCAGGCUAAUUUCAUCCUGGCCUACCAGUUCCGCCCAGAUGGUGCCAGCUUGAACCGCCGACCCUUCAGAGUCUUCGCUGGGCAUGAUGAGGACGUGUGUCACUUUGUGCUGGCAAACUCGCAUAUCAUCAGUGCAGGGGGAGAUGGGAAGAUUGGUGUUCAUAAGCUCCAUAGCACCUUCACUGUCAAGUACUCAGCCCAUGAGCAGGAGGUGAACUGUGUGGACUGCAAAGGGGGCAUCAUUGUGAGUGGCUCCAGAGACAGGACGGCCAAGGUAUGGCCUUUGGCCUCGGGCCGGCUGGGGCAGUGCUCACACACCAUCCAGACUGAAGACCGGGUCUGGUCCAUUGCUAUCAGCCCAUUACUCAGCUCUUUUGUGACAGGAACAGCUUGUUGUGGGCACUUCUCACCUCUGAGAAUCUGGGACCUCAACAGUGGGCAGCUGAUCACACAUCUGGGCAGUGAUUUCCCCCCAGGGGCUGGGGUGCUGGAUGUCAUGUAUGAGUCCCCCUCUACACUGCUGUCCUGUGGUUACGACACCUAUGUUCGCUACUGGGACCUCCGCACAAGUGCCCGGAAAUGUGUCAUGGAGUGGGAGGAGCCCCACGACAGUACCUUAUACUGCCUGCAGACAGACGGCAACCACCUGCUGGCCACAGGCUCCUCCUACUACGGUGUGGUGCGGCUCUGGGACCGGCGCCAGAGGGCUUGCCUGCAUGCCUUCCCGCUGACAUCGACUCCACUCAGCAGCCCUGUGUACUGCCUGCGAUUCACCACCAGACAUCUCUAUGCCGCCCUGUCUUACAACCUCCACAUCCUAGACUUUCAGAACCCAUGACAAACCAGCCCUGCCUCUGGGCUGGGCAAGUAAGCUAGCUACUCAGGGACCUCUCGUCUGGCACGUGAAGUGACUGCUACCUCACUCCUCUUCCCAGCCCCGCUGUGCCGCACUGUGCUGCUCCUAGACCGGCGGCGGCCACACCACAAGGCCCUGGCACCUGAAGCACCGCCUCCUGGACCCUGGCGUGACUGAUGUAGGCUCUCCCAGUACCUGUGGUCUUAGGAGAAUGGACUUGAACUCAGGUGUGUACAACAGAGUCAAAGUCAGGGCCGGGGCUGGCAAGGCCAACCCUGUCCCCAAGCCCUUCAGAGCACUAUAGCAGCCUGAAGAGUGAGGUGAGGGCCCCCCACCAUCCCAGCUGGAAAAAGAGGUGCAAUUAGUUGCUGGAACUUCUGCUGGUACCAGCCGCCUCCUCAGUCAGGUCUCGACUUUGGCCAACUUCUUGGAGCUGGGGGCUCAUUUCUGAGACACUAGCCUGGUUUUGCUUUGAAACUAAGACAAGGACAAAGGACACCUGUCAGUUUGGGGUUCUGGGCUAGCCAUUCCUCAGGCCAGCUGUGGGAAACGUGCUAUGAUUUUCAUUUUUGUAAAAAUAAAAUUUGGUUGUUCGCAAAUCUGA